GGACGCCCUGCAAGCAGCACUUGGGGCGCGCCCAGGCACUGGGGCCAUGGAGCGCUGCGUGGGAGUGAAGCGCUGGGUGGAUCAGAACCGGGCCUCCUUCCAGCCCCCCGUCUGCAACAAGCUCAUGCACCAGGAACAGCUCAAGAUCAUGUUUGUCGGGGGCCCCAACACCAGGAAGGACUAUCACAUCGAGGAGGGUGAGGAGGUGUUUUUCCAACUGGAGGGAGACAUGGUUCUCCAGGUCCUGGAGCACGGGAAACAUCGGGAUGUGACCAUCCGGCAGGGAGAGAUAUUCCUCCUGCCUGCCAGGGUGCCUCACUCCCCGCAGAGGUUUGCCAACACCAUGGGGCUGGUGAUUGAGCGGAGGCGGCUGGAAUCCGAGCUUGAUGGGCUCAGGUACUACGUGGGGGACACCACGGAUGUCCUGUAUGAGAAGUGGUUCUACUGUAAGGACCUUGGCACGCAGUUGGCCCCCAUCAUCCAAGAAUUUUUCCGCUCUGAACAGUAUAGAACAGGAAAGCCCAUCCCUGACCAGCUGCUAAAGGAGCCGCCAUUCCCACUAAACACACAAUCCAUCAUGGAGCCCAUGUCCUUGAAGGCCUGGCUGGAUGGCCACCACCGGGAGCUGCAGGCAGGCACAUCUCUUAGCCUGUUUGGGAACAACUAUGAGACACAGGUGAUGGCCCACGGGCAAGGCAGCAGCAACGGCCUGGGACAGGACGCAGACAUGUGGCUGUGGCAGCUGGAAGGCUCCUCCGUGGUGACUUUGGGGGGACAGCACCUACAGAUGGGUCCUGAUGACAGUCUCCUGGUGCCAGCGAGGAGCUCGUAUGUGUGGGAGCGAGCCCCAGGCUCUGUGGCUCUGACUGUGACUCAGGACCCUGCCCGCAAAAGGCCACUGGGGUGACUGAUCAUCUUGCUGUCACACCAAAGCAGUCAGAGUGGGCUGCUCCCUGCCGAAUAACUCUCCCAGUCCCAGUUUCUCUCUAUAGCAAUUGGACACCUUGGUGUACCCCACGCCAGGCUCCAGGGGUGCCAGUGGUCCCCCUUCUCUAACAGCCAUGGACCCAUGUCAUUUUGUCCCACGGUGUGCCAUCCAGCCCUCGGUCCCCAACAGGCCCACCUGCUUGUCACCAAGAAGGCCCUCAAUAAAGGCUUUCUGAUGAACAAACGUCCAUGGCUGCACACACAGGCUGUCCAGGGAAGCUGGCCCUGUGCCCU